AUGUCAAAAUCGUUGAUGAGAAAGGCCAAAAAUGUGGUGAACGGAUAUUCGAGCACACAGGUUUUGUUACGGGAGGCUACAUCUAAUGACUCAGAUGGACCAUCUGUGGACCUUUUGGAUGAGAUUGCGGAAAGGUCGUGGGACAAUGUGAGUUUUUUCGAGAUCAUGGAUAUGCUAGAUAAACGGUUGAACGAUAAGGGCAAAAAUUGGCGUCAUGUUGCGAAAUCGUUAACGGUGCUGGACUAUUUGGUCCGGUGUGGCUCAGAUCAUUGUGUUCCUUGGGCCAAAGAGAAUUUGUAUAUCAUCAAAACAUUGCAGGAGUUUAUACACGAGGACGAACUUGGAACCGACCAAGGUCAGCUUGUGCGUGUCAAAGCGCGUGAACUGACCGCGCUGUUGCUGGACGACGAGCGUUUGAGAGAGGAAAGAGAACUAAGACGGAAGAACCGUCGGCCAAGACGGCGUCGGACUCGCGACAAUCUCAACGACGACGACAUGCAGCGUGCUUUAGAGGAAAGCAGACUCACCGCAGAGCAGGAAGAAGAAGAGCGUCGCAGAAGAUUGGAGCUCUACGAUAAUAGCAAUGACGACCUGCAGACCGCCCUGCAGCUCAGUCAAGAAGAGGAAGAGCUCAGGCGUCUACGAGCACUUCAAAUGCAGCAGGCUCAAAACCAGAUGUUCGAGUACAAGCAACCCGAACAGCAGGCCAUGUAUUAUGAUGUUUUCGGAAAUCCAAUUACCUUAGAGGAGUAUCUUCAAUAUCAACAGCAGAUGAAUGAACAACAGCUCGCGCAACAACAAUAUCAACAAGCGGCUCAGCAGCAAUACCUCGCCCAACAACAGUACCUGGCUUUACAACAACAACAGCAAGAGGAGGCACUUGCGCAUCAGCGAUACUUGCAGUCGCUUGCACAGCAACAACAACAGUUGCAACCCUUAGCAACAGGCUCUAACAACCCAUUCGCAAGAAACAACCAAAUGAGCCCACCACCCAAUACGGUUCAAACACCCGCUCCACUUCCUCCACGUCCAGUGGAAGUGCCACAGCAAGCGCCUGCUCCACAAAGAGUUCCUUCCCCACCACAGCAGCCACUCAAACAAACCAGAACUGGGAACCAGUCUAUCUCUGACAAGUUCAGCGACUUGAACAAUCUUUUGGCCACAGGUGCUGGUCUAGAUACAUUCGGUAAUACAGGUGGUACUCGUAUUCCUGCUCAGCAUACCAAGACCGGCACCUUCAUCAAUUCACAAGGUACAGGUUAUAAGCAGGUCACAAGUGAAUCACAGGGCAAGAAGAACCCUUUCUUAAGCCAACAAUACACGGGACUUCCAAGUACCUCGGUUGUGCCCUCUUACACUGGCUAUGGGUUUGGGAAUGGGAAUCAAAAUUAUCCGCCUCAACAACAGCGCAACCAAUAUGCUUCCAACGGAGCAGCAGAUCAAGGCGUAAGUCUAAUAGACUUGUAG